AUGAUCGGAUUUGCUCAAGUCAUUGCAGGAGCAAUUUUAAUAGCAUUGGGUCUUGUUAAUAUAGGCGGAGCUGUACUUAGUGAAGCCAUUUAUGAUAUGAUUUAUGCUAUUAUGGCAGAUCUAUCAGAAACAUUAGCAUCUGCAGGAAAUACUGCUGCGAAAUUAGGAUCAGUAUCUAGAACAGCAAUGAUGACGAAAUUAGUUGAAAAAACAGCAGGUCAAUAUGCAACUACCUGUUUAACGAAUAUUAUAACAGAGAAUAUUAUGGAAGAAAUUCAAGAAGGUGUCAUAUAA